AUGGGCGGCACCGGGAGCGCAGGAGGCGGGCGCGCGUCUCGCGUCCUGCGCCUCCUACUACUCUUCGUGCUGGCUCUUGCAGCCGUAGAGUAUCUCUUCGGGUCCAUACUGGACGCCUCCCCGCUCAGAACCUACUUAAACUCCGACAAAACACAACUGUUAACUGGUAGUCGUGGAGCCACUUUGAAUGUAAUAAAACCUCCUUCGGAUAACACAACAAAUCCAGUACCGGUGACCAAGAAACCAAAUAUGGCAGUAACACAUCACAACCAAACUAUGGCGACCAAAGUGAUAUCUGAACCACCACAGAUGUCGCAGACCUCCAUCCUUCUAACGAGGUUGAUGGAGACUCUUAACAACGAAACCACAGAUAUGAUAAGUAGUAAUAAAAAUGAUUCGAGUAGUCUACCUCUUUGUGAACUUCCUGCUGACUUGGGUCCUAUACAAGCUAACAAAACUGAUAUGGAUUUAGCGACGGUAGAAAAGAAGUUUCCAGAAGUACAGUUCGGUGGUAGAUAUAGUCCCCCCAACUGCACCGCAAGACAUAAAGUCGCUAUCAUUGUGCCAUUCAGAGAUCGACAACAACAUUUAGCAGUAUUUGUAAACCACAUGCAUCCCUUCUUGAUGAAGCAACAAAUUGAAUAUGGAAUAUUCAUCGUUGAACAAGAAGGUGAGAAACCAUUCAACCGUGCCAAGCUGAUGAACGUGGGGUACAUGGAGAGUCAGAGACUGGAGCCAAACUUCACUUGUUUCAUCUUCCACGACAUCGACCUGCUACCCACUGACACUCGGAACGUCUACUCCUGCACGACACAGCCGCGCCAUCUCUCGGCAGCUGUUGACGUUUUUAAAUAUAAGUUACCAUACAAGACCUUGUUCGGUGGUGUGUCAGCAAUGACCAAUGAGCAGCUGCGCAAAGUGAACGGCUACUCAAACAAGUACUGGGGUUGGGGGGGCGAGGAUGACGAUAUGGCGGAUAGGUUAAAAAUAAAUAAUUACCACAUAGCAAGGUAUCCGAUGUCUAUAGCGCGAUACGAGAUGCUAACUCACAAGAAACAACGACCUAAUCCUAAAAGGUACCAGCUACUGUCGCAAAGUAAAUCGUUCGUCAAAGACGGCCUGUCUAACCUCGACUACAAAGUGAAACAAAUCAUAAACUAUCAUCUCUAUACUCAUAUAUUAGCCAAUAUAGACGAGCAUAGCUGA